AAAAAAAUGGCACGUUUAGUUGUGGGACACAAAAUGUGACUCUUUGUAGAUAAGUUAUUGGUACUACCUGCUUUUACUGACUCAUUGUUGGAAUAUUCCUCUUGUCUUUAAUAGUUAUAUGUGUGUACACAGAAAGAUGGCCUUGGCCAGCGGACACUGGGUGGAGAAAGAGAUGAAGGGGCAGGUCCCAAGUCCCAGAUAUGGUCAUGCUUUAGCUGUGGCGGGAAACAUUGCCUUUCUCUUUGGAGGAGCCUCCAACAUCACCCAAGAGGACAGUACUGUUUACUUCAAUGACUUCUACAUGCUCACAGUUUCCCCAGAUGACAUAAAAUGGGAGGAGAUUCCUCAGAAUGGAGAAGUUCCUUCAGCCAGGGAAGGACACACCCUCUGUGUCGUUAAAGGGAAACUGUAUCUGUUUGGAGGACUGUCCAAUCCCAAAGCUCCUGAAUGUCUUCCAGGAGUCUACAGUUUUGACAUUGUGUCUCUCACCUGGGAUUACUUGACAACUGGGAUUGUUACCGUGAGAACUCUGAGACACAGCUCCGUGGCUGUGGGAGACAAUAUCUACGUCUAUGGGGGCACACUGGCCGGAACGCUAACCGAUGACCUCAUGGUUUUCAACACAGUGUCUCACACCUGGACACCGGUUAAGACAAGCGGCUCAACGCCUCCACCCUUGUUGGAUCAGCAUUUUGCUCUGGUUGGUGAUCAGAUUUUUAUGUUUGGUGGUUACGGAGCAAGUGAUGACUUCUGUAAAGACCUUCAUGUCCUCAACCCAGAAAACCUGGUGUGGCACAAAUGGCAGACAAAGGGAGAAUUACCUGCUGCCUGUAGUCGACAAACAGUGACGGCACACCAUGACAAAGAUGUUUACUUGUUUGGAGGAAAAAGCAUAAACGAUGAUGGCACAGGGACGUCAUCCAAUGAAAUUCAUAAAUUCAGUAUUGCCAAGUUGAAGUGGAAGAUCCCACUGUAUGUUGGCAUUCCUCCGGCACGGCGAAAUGGACACACCGCCUUCAUUGUUCACAGCCAUCUGUACAUAUUUGGAGGAAAGAACGAAGAGCAGGAGUUCAACGACCUGAAAGUCAUGAAACUCAUUAACCCCUCAGAAAGGCAACCAGUGAUGAAGGAGAUUAUGUUGGAAUUCGGUCUACAAGGAACCAGCUACAGUUUCACUCCCACUAAAAUCCCAAAUAUUCGCUACGAGCUGAGCAAAACUUCUCCAGCCAACCAGUUCAAGAGCACAAAUGCUAAUGUGCAGGUUUUUGUCCAGAGAGACUUCAGCGUAGUUCGAGACAAAGCCAUGUCAUUGAUCCAGACUGCUUUCACUCUACUGGACCAGGAGUUCCAGAAACUGGAUCGGGAGAAGAAAACGUUGUUUAAAUCUGCGUCUGCUCUUCAAUUAGAGAGAGAAGCCAUGGAGGCACAGAAGCAGCAACAUCAACAGGAGUUGCAGGAGAUGCUAGAAAAACAUCGCUCUCAAAAUGAAACGUGGCUUAGAGCCAGAGCUGAAGAGAACGACCAAGAGCGGAGGGAGCUCUGCAGAUUGCGGGAGGAGGUGCUGCAUGAGCAAGAGAGGAUGAAGGAGGAGCACAUCAGAAUCCAAAAACGCAGUGAAAAUCUUCUGUCAGUUAUGCAACAAUUCAAAGGAAUGUAAACAUUGACAUAGUGUGGAGGUUGACCAAGAGAUACUAAAAGGACAAUACAAGAUCAAAGUAUGUAGACACUUUUAAUUCUGAGUUUUGUGUUCAUGUGUGUGUUUUCAUAUUUGUCUGUAUUGUGAAGCACAAGAGAGAUACCGUAUUUUUCGGACUAUAAGGCGCAAUUAAAAGCUUUUCAUUUUCUCAAAAAUCAACAGUGCGCCUUAAAACCCGAUGCGCCUAAUAAACGGAAUCAUUCUGUUUUUCUUACCGACCUCGCAGCUAUUAUAUUUGGUACAUGGUGUAAUGAUAAGUGUGACCAGUAAAUGGCAGUCACACAUAUGUGAUGCAGGUAGACUGCAAGAUGAUGUCAUUAUACAACGCCAAAACUUUAAAUGCUCCAUUGAGAAAAUAGAACAUUACUACACACGGCGAUCCAGAAUCUGUCAAAAUGUUUUUAGUACAACUUUGGUGAGGUAUGAAGCCGUACCGCUUGAUGGAAUGUCAACGUAUGAGUAUUAUUAUGGUCUGUGUAAAAUGACUGCAAAUUAUGAGGGGCCGUUAAGGACAUUAUUCAGAAUUACCUCUUACAUACACUACUGAAAUGCUCUCAAAAAAAACUGAAAUGUUUUUCUCUCACACACUACCGAAACACUC